AUGUCCGCAGAGGAGGAGCGUAUCCCGAUAAACAGAAACACUGACAACGACGUCCGUGAUGAAGAGGCUACCCAAACCGGAGAUGCCGAAACGCUGGUGGACAGGCCAAGUCGAAGAGGGAGAAGGAGAAGAACUUCCAACCAAGGAUUGAAAAGGGCACAAAAGAUUGGGAUCUGUUUAUUGAUCGCUUUGACUCUUGUUGUAGGGGUUGCUAUUGCAGUGGUGCUGUUGUUGCCUGCCCGAGAGAGCACCAGCAAGAACAUCGCCAAUGACGUGCUUCCAGAGCCACCAUCGUCGGGGAGCGACAACAACAAUGACAACAAGGAAAAUGGCAACAUCUUCCUUGCACAACACUCGACUAUUGCACCAUCCAGGGUACUCAAAGCUCCCACAGUCCCUCAAAUGGGUUGUCGACGAGAUCGAUUUGACAAUGAAGGAAAUUUCGAAGAAAACAAUCAUCUCUUUGCAGGUUCGUUCGUUUGUUCCGAUGAUGUCGAUCAACGUUACAUGUUUGGGAUUGACCCCGACACUGCCAAUCUCAUCUGGAGGGAUACCUUGACAGGCCAGGUCAAGACUUAUUACUGGAACGAAUGGCACCGACAGUAUCUGGAAGAUCAAAAGAAACGACAGCGUCAGCUGAAAGACGAACCAGAAAAGCAACGAGAACUAGAGUCCUCUACUGACAACACUGACAGAGAGUUCUACGAGUUUCGAUUCCAAAAGAAUGCAACCGACCCGUCCGAGUCGGCAGAAAUUCACGAAUAUCAACUGUCUAAGAACUACACUGCCACCCAUAGAGGCGAGUGCGUCCAAUGGAUCCGUCACGACGACGAUCACGACAAGUUCGUUUCGCUUACCAUGAUACACUUCAACUGUACCAUGGAAGACUUGCAUGUUCAAAUCGCUGACAGAAACUUCACCGGCAUUGUCGAAGCUGAAACUGGGCUGGUGGAGUUUGCGGCAGGUGCCAUAGUGGAGAGACCUGCCCCAUCAGCAUCGCCUUCAGCAACUCCCACUUCAACAACGACCCCUUCUGCAACUCCCACUGCCUCGCCAACCCAAAGGCCAACACCAUUGCCGACUCUACCCCCAACCAAUCCACCAACUUCUUCCCCUAGUAUGUCGCCCACUCCAGAACCUUUGAUCCUGGACUACUACUUUACCCUAAGUACAAAAGCUGAUUUUCGCAUUUGGAGGAUCCAACGAACCGAGGACUACCAAAUCAGAGAGAAGGUCUUGCACUGGGAGCUAAAGUCGACGUAUGAUAUAGACACUGUCUACGUGGAUUGUCUUUUUACCCAUGAUUGCCCCUACAUGCAUUUGCAUCAAGACGGAGUCAUGGUGCUAGCCUGGCUUGAUUUUGAAAACUCACAGUGGUCCGAUGGUUGGAUGGAAAAGAACAUCAGGCGCUGUUACGAAUUCGACACUCCCGAUACGUUAUAG